GAUAAUAAUAAAAUAAUAGUUUUUAAUUUAUUUAAAAAAGGAGGGACUUAACUUUUUAAAAUUUAGAGUAAAUAGAUUUAGAAUAAAGAGAUUCUAAAAGAAGAUGAUAAAAAGUUGUAGACAAAGGAAAAAGGUCUCCUCUAGGGAUGAGGGAUUUAAAAAACCAAUUACCAAUAAUUACAGGUGACAUACAAUUUGAGGACAGAAUAGAAUUGGAGCCAGACCAAUCACAGGCUAGAGCACAACCCCUUUUACAAUCCCCUAAACUCAUCACAAACACAGAUGAGCCCACAAGCCUAAUAAAAAAAAAAAAAAACAGACAGCAAACCAAGGCCACAACCCAGUUCUUAACCCAGUUCCGAUGCAGCCAAAACAUUAGGAAAGAUGUUAACACCCCCUGAGAUACAUAAGGCAUAUGAUAGUGUAGCCACAGCCCUACAUCGGAUAACACCCCUAGACGUAGGCAGAACAGAAAGGCUUAAGUUAAGGAUGGACAAAUUUAGGAAUGACAUUUUAGAAAAAGUAAAUGAUACAACACCGACAGGAAGUGUAGAGUAGGGACCAGGCAGGCUGGAGAAACCAGAGCAGUAAAAGCUACAAGCAAGAGGAAAAUUCAAGCAAGCAGCCGGUAUCUCAAGGAUGGAGAGAGAGGGUGCAAGGAUUUAAAGUUUGAGACUGGACGCUGGGUAAACGUUGGACAAGAACAGCAAGCUGCAUGGAUUUAUGCCAAGAGACAAUGUUUAUGUUGAAGAACCCAGAAAUACAUCAAUGUGCCUGAUUUUGAUAAACGGACAACAAGGACAAUGUAAACCCUGGGCCACUCAGGAUUUUGAUGGACUAGCUGCACGCCUUCCAGAAAUACAUGAAGGAGCCGGAAAAUGGAUACAAACUUUUGAGCAAAAGACAGCAGGGUGUGUCUCGGCCAUAGGAGAUAUCAAGGCCCUGUUGGCAAAGUGUGUCGGUGGAACAAAGUUGAAUGAACUUUUGAAUGAUGCUGGACUGAGAAUUGCAAUUGACAACAUCAGAAGAGAUAAAAUGACCUUUGCCCCCUUCAGGAAGAGAACGUGGACAACAAUACACAGAGAAUACCCCAUGCAGAUUGACCCGAAGAUGCUGAGAGGUGAUCCGAUUGGUGAAACAGAAAAUCCAACAGCAUAUAUACAAGAACAGCUGAAACGGUGGUGUGGAGAACUGGAAAAAGACCCGGAAGAAGACUUUGUUUUAGCUGCACUGUUCAGAAAGGCAAUAGUGGAAGCUGUGCCACCACCGGUUAAAACCAUUCUCGAAGAUGUAGUCGAACUGAACUCCAAAUCACACAAGGAGUUCUGUGAUCAUGUUUCACAUGCAGUCAAGCAACACCAAAAGAAUGAGCUGAAGGCAACAACAACAGAGAGAGAGAGGGAGAGAGAGAUGCAGAGGGGGCUGGCAAAGUUACAGCGGGACGACUUUGUGAGCAAAACUAAGAAAAAAGCACUGAAGGAGAAACAACCAGCUUUAAUGGUGCUCAUCAACACACCUGCCCCCACCAUCCAGCAAACACAGAUAGCAACACCAGCCCAACCCACUCCGGGAAAUGCUCAACAGCAAGCCACUCUCAUUGUUAUCUGUGCAAAGCCAAAACAGCAAAACAGCAGUAAUGGACAAAAACAGCAAGGAGGCAGAGGACAAGGCAGAACAAAAAGAUCAUGUGAUAGAUGCUGGGGCUGUGAAGAUGCUGGGGCAGCAUGGACACUUCAGAAGCGAAUGUCCGAAUAACCCAUCUAAUUAAGAUCAACAAAACUGACAGCAGAAUUAACAAGGCGGACGGUUGAACCAACAAGACUGGCAGCCAAACCAGAGACAGUAAGGCCCACCCAGAGCAGCAGCAGCAGUCACAACAACAAUCACAGUGUGGUCCAGUGAAUCUGUGGUGUGGGCCCAGACCAAAGCUACUAAGGUUGCCCAGAGGAUUCUAACGGGAGGGGCCAACAUCCAUUGAUAACUGACAAUGCUGACGACAGAUUAUUGACUCUGCAGGUUGAAGUUGAAGGCAAGUCUGAACCUAUGAUGACUGACACUGGAGCAACUUACACAUGCUAUUUUACUGGACGAGAAAUGCAGAAACUUUUACCUACAAAGGUAAACAACUCACUUAUUCUAUAUUACUGAAAAAUUUCCUCAUUUACUUUGCAUUUUCAAUUAAUUAAUUAUUAAAAACAGAUUUGAAAAGAUCUAGUGUUGGACAAUGCGCUGUUCCAAUAUGUGGAUGACCUAUUAAUUUACUAUCCCACACUUGACCCAUGCUAGCCUGACGUUGUCAUACUCAAUUCGAGGCCCCGUUUUUUCAAAUUGUGGUGGGCGGGGCUAAGAUCGGCUGGCACCCAGGCUAGACCCAUGCUGUAAAGAUUAUAAAACUAUUGAAUAAAUUAUCUGAGGGGGGAGGCACAAAGCCUCUAGAGCUAAAUUACAACAUUGUUAAACAUAAGUUAAAUAUUUGAUAAGAUUAAUUGCAUAUAAGACUGAAAUUAUGACCCAGCAAAUUAGGAGGCAUAAGCAAUGCACUUAUGCCACAAAGGAAAAAACAUGACAGAGUUUAACUUUGAUAGGAUAGAAGAUCAUUUAACAAAGAUUGCAUAUCCCUAAAAUCAUUAAUAAUUGGGUGAAGCAACAAAAUUUAAGUGCCUUACUUUUACUUUAAAGCAUUCAUAUUAUAAAAUUGAGACAUAUCUGUAGCCCCAAGUGUGUGUGAUGAAGAUUACUCAUUAGAUUAUAAUGUCUCAACAGGGGAAAUAAAUGUGGGAAAAAAAUCCAUAAUAAUUGCAUCACAAUUUGACAUUUGGAUAAAUAUAUGUUUUGGCAAAAUUUAUAUGUCAGAACUUGGUUUAAUCUGUGAGCUAACAACAUUCACAGACAAUUUCACAAUAAUACAGGUAACUAGGAAGACCUGUAAAAACCAGAUUAUAACUUUUUCCUGUUACAAAAAAAAACAAAAAAAACUUGUUGUAGCUGAAUGUUUUUGGAUAUGUGGGAGAAAUGUCUUAAGAUACACACUCAAAAAUGCUUGUGUGCUAGUUAACUUAGCCCAGGCCAUUAGUUUUUAAAUGUGAAAUUUAUAUAACCUUGUUAAACCCCUGCUCUUUAUUUUUGUGUAGUUUGGGUUUUUCUCUGUCCUAGUAGUGGUUGUCCAUUUGGAAGGGGACAGAAACCAAUUAUCUAUGACACCUGAGGUAUAACUAUUUAAGAGCUGGUACCUCAAUUGGGUGGUAACAAACCUGAUGAGCAUGUUGAGCCCUGACCACUUUAUGAUAGAAUAAAAAGAGCAUAUCAAAUUGCCAAUUCUUUUAUGAUUGGAUAGAUUAUAUUGAUCAGCCAAGAGGAAUACCAAAUGAUAUCUGAAUUCUAAAUUUGGAUUUAAAUUCACACUGGUUUGGAUCUGAAAGGAUUAAUAAUCUCUAUUACAAUUAGAAUCAAUUUAUUAACUAUAGUGAUGAUAAAAUGAAGCUGAUAGAACAAGUAAGACUUAAUGAUGGUACUGAUUUGAAAAUUGAUAACUGGUUUGCUUUUUUCCUGGGGAGCUUGGCUAACCAAAACCGAUAUUUCAUGUUAUAUUGCAAUUGUUGUUGUUUUUUCUUGCUCUUCUGUUGUGUUCUACCUAUCUCCAGGUCUGUGGUGGCUAAGGCAACUGCCAAGCAGAUGGCAGUACAAACAGGACUAAGUGUUCACCAAAGUCCUGACGGCCUAAUGCUAAACAUACAUACUACAUCGUUAGUUGACACCACACCACCAGCUGACAAUACUUAUGAAACUAUGGAUUAAAAUGUUACAUUCUUUUGUUUCUUUCUUUUCCAUCUUUUUGUGAUAUGUUUGGUUAGUAAGGGAGCAAGUUUAUAAUUGUAUUUCUUUUAUUGUUUUUCAGUAUUAGUUACAAAUCAUUAGUCCUGAGUAGGCAGGAAGUUAGAGAAAUUUUGUUUUUAAACUUUGUUUUCAUCUUUAAUUUCCCCUCUUGUGUGGUGACUGUAGGUCCUGGUGUCUUUUUAGGUAUAAAAUCCAGGGGACAAAUUGUCUAGCUCGGCCGCACAACGGGGGACAAUGUAAAGAUGUGAAAUAUACCAUAUAAUACACAUAGACUCGUAUUACCAAACACAGAUAUCGGAGCACAACUUCACCUCAACGACUACACUAAAGAGUGUCUCAGAUAGCGCCCCUGGUGACCGGAAAAGCUAGGGGUUCCUCUGAGAACGAAGGUCCAUCAUUGUGCAUUCGCUGGGAAUAUAAUCGUUGCACUAAAGUUACACACAUCACCGUUAUAUUAUUAAAAGUAGAUUGUCUAGAUAUUUUGACUACUGAUAUACUACACUACUGAAUUUUUACUGCUGUAUUACACUACAGUUGUAUCUCUCUACCUGAACUGAAUCUUAAUCUUUAAUUAAUCAAUAUAUUUACUACUGAUCAUGGCUUAUUUUGAUUGAUAUAUUUUCUUUCUGCAUUCUUUAGUAAUGAUAAGUCUUACACAUUUUAAAAUUACUGAAUUUGAUUUUACAUGUGUCUUUCUUUUUCUUAAUUACAAAUAAUGAGAUAUUAAUUGUUUUUGAACAUUUUCAUUUUUGGGUUCCUUUAGUAUGUACAGGGUCCAAGAAUCUUUUUUCCUUCUUUUAAGCUAAUAUACUCACUUAAACAAACAAGAAUGGUGCCAUUUUGGGAAGGUUUUUGAUUCUUGUUCCCUUAAGGGAGUGAGUGCUGCAUCUUAACUGCGUCUGUGUUAGGAUCUGCAUGGAACUUUUGAUCCAUGAAAGCUCUUAGCUAGUAUAACAUCAUGUGCGACAACGUUCUGCUGCAGCACUCUCAUUAUGUGAUGUUUUCUUAAAGGUACCCCCUCAUGUUUGAUGGACUCAGGAGUCCAUAAGGGGGGAAUAUAUAGUAGUUUUUGAUGGGUAAAUUACUGAUCAUAUGCUGUAUUAAUAUUAUAUUAGGCCUAAGGCCUACACAAGGCUAUAUGACACCCAGUUAAACUUUAGUUUUCUCAGUUAACUUUCGUUUCCUAAUUAAAAGAGUCCAGGUGCUAUCCUGCAACUAUACCCCGAUUGUUCUCGCCACGAUUAGUUUGAGAAACAAGGUCGACAUAAGCGAUAAAGAAGAGGACGCCAUUUCAGAUUAGUUAUCUUUCGUUUUCUCAGUUUCCUAAUUAAAAGAGACCAGGUGCUAUUCUGCAACUAUAGCCCGAUUGUUCUCGCCACGAUUAGUUUGAGAAACAAGGUCAAACAACCAAUAAACAAGAGUACGUC